AUGAAGGCGGUAGGAGACAGUCUCCUUGGAGUAGACAAAGAGAACACAGAUCCCGCAGCAGCAGCAGAUUGCUGCAGGCUACCCCACAAGCAGCAGCAAAGGCAGCAGCAGCAACGCAAGCCGCAGCAACAUAAGCAGCAGCAGCAGCAGCAGCACAAACAGCAGCAACAUGGGGUAAGCAAAACAUCAGGGGGCCCCCUGCAGCUCGUCAGCAGACUGCAGAAGUCCAUCAGGAGCAUCUUCGCACCUAAAGCAAAGCAGCAGCAGCAGCAGCAGCAACAGCAGCAGCAGCGACGGGAGCAGCAGCAGCGGCAGCAGCAGCAGGAAAGGGACGGGCAUCAACAGCAGCACCACCAGAGAAGGCCUCAUGGAGCCUCUGCAACAGCAGCAGCAGGUGCUGCAGCAGCAGCAACACCAGCUGCUGCAGCAGCAGCUGCUGCUGCUGCAGAAGAAGAGGAGGAGUUGAGCCUCCCAGACCUGCAUGCUAGCCUGUCUCCUCCUCUGGCGGAUGAUGACGGCGAAGCAGCAGCAGCAGCAGCAGCAGCAACACCGUCUCCAGCAGGAGAAGGUGCAGCCGACGCCUCCCCAACAGCAGCAGCAGCAGCAGCAGCAGGUGGAGCAUCAUUUGAGAUGCUGCUGGGGUCGAGGCCCGUUGUGCAUGCAUGCAGCAGCAGCAGCUUCGGGUCUCCUUCCUCUGUCAGCCCCCACUACUAUAAAGGGACUCCUCCUGCAUUAAUAGCAGGCGAGGAGACAGCAGCAGCAGCAGCAACAGCAGCAGCAACAGCAGCAGAGAGUAGGGGAAGGGCCGCCUCCCAGUUGCUGCUGUCGCAACGCAGCAGCAGCAAACACAGCAGCAGGCUCCCUCUGUCGCUGUCGCAGCCGGCAGCAGCAGCAACAGCAGCAGCAACAGCAGCAGCAGCAGCAACGGCAGCAGAAAGGCAAAGCCGUUACUCCACGCGGCGCAUGAGUUGCUGCUCCUACUGUCCUCUCCCCUCUGCUGCUGCUGCUGCUGCUGGGGGACUCUCGCAGCAGCAGCAGCAGCAGCAGCAACGCCCUUCGCCGCUAUCCCUGCGAAUGUUCAGUCAGCCAGAGCCCUCAGCAGCAGCAACAGCAGCAGCAGCAGCAGCUUGUCCCUUCAGGACCCGCCCCCUCCCCCGCAGGAGCAGCACGCAGCUGGAGGCUAAAGGGUUGAGGCUGCAGCAGCAGCAACAGCAGUUGCUGCUGCUGCAUGCAGACGAGUUGUCUGCUUGGGGGCCUUCUCCUAGAGGGUCUUGGUCUCAGUCGUCCGUGCUGCCUUCUCCCGUUGCAGCAGCAGCAGCAACAGCAACAGCAGCAACAGCAGCAGCAGCAGCAACAGCAGCAGCAGGAGAGCGACCCCGCAUGCGGCGGGCCUCCACGAGUCCUUUGGGUUUGCUGCAGUGGCGCAGCACUCCAGUGUAUGUGCCUGCGGUGUCUGCUGCUGCUGCUGCACCAACAGCAGCAGCAGCAGCAGCAACUGCAGCAGCAGCAGCAGCAGCAGCAGAAGCCGAUGGGCUUAAACGCAGGCGAGUUGAGCGCAUGCAUUCUCCUUUAGCUGUCUCUUCACUUGCAAAUCGAGCUGAGCAUACACCUGAAGCUGCAGCACUAUUUGUAACUCCGCAGUCUUCUCCGGUGCGUCCUCAGCAGGAAACUGCUGCUGCUGCUGCUACUGCUGCUGUUGCAGCAAGUGCAACUCCAACAGCAGCAGCUGCUGCUGCAGCAACACCAGCAGCAGCAGAAGCAGCAAAUCCUCAAGGCACGCCCACAGACGACGAAAUGCCUUGCGUUGUCUGGGACCCUCCAGAUAUUAGCAGCAGCAGCAGCAGCAACAGCAGCAGUAGCAGCAGCAGCAGCAGUGCGCUGCCGCUGGCACCUGCUUUACUGUCUCCUGUUGGAGUGCCGCUGCAGCAGCAGAGACAGCAGCACCGCGCUUCUUCUGUUGGUCUCUCUUUCCCUCUCUCCUGCCCCCAGAAUUUGCUGCUGCUGCCGCGGAAGCCAUCUCAGCAGCAGCAGCAGCAGCAGCAGCAGCAGCAGCAAGAUGCCCCUCCGCCCAAGGCUGAGGGACAGGCAAGCGCCGAAUGUACACAAGAGUCUCCCGCUUGCAGCAGCAACGACAGCAGCAGCUGCAGCAGCAGCAACAGCAGCAGCAACAGCAGCAACAGCUGCAGCAGCAACAGCAGCAGCAACAGCAGCAACAGCUGCAGCAGCAACAGCAACAGCAGCACCAGCGCCAGCUCAUCGCAGCAGACGGCUAUCCAGGAGGCCGCAGCUGCAGCAAGGGAGACAAAAAGUGCGGAGUCUCUGGAUGCAGCAGCAACAGCGGCAGCAACAGCAGCAGCAACAGCUGCAGCAGCAACAGCUGCAACAACAACAGCUGCAGGAACAACAGCUGCAGCAGCAACAGUUGCAGCAGCAACAGACGCACCAACUGUUGGUGGGGAUGCCCUGGGCACCCCGGAUAGGGCAGUGGGGGCAGCAGCAGCAGCAGCAGCUGCUGCUGCUGCUGCUGCUGCUGCUUCCCCGUCGUCUGGAGCAAACCGCAAGCGCCGCAGAGACACUGAGAAUUCGGGUGUAUGUGCAGCGGCAGCAGCAGCAGCUGCUGCUGCGGCGUCUCCUGAGGGAGGAGCAGCAGGAGGAUUGAGCAGCAGCAGCUACAGCGAGCUGUCUCCUGCAAAGAGACAGCGGCGCCGCAGCUAUGGGGGCAAUACUUUUGCUGCUGCUGCUGCUAGACGGCUAAUAUGCUGGACCAAUGAAGAGACAGACGAAUUUCUAUCAUCGCUCGAGCUUCCAGCAUUGUCAGUAGAGGAGACAAAGGCCCUCAGGCAGCAGCAGCUGCUGCAGCAGCAGCUGCUGCAGCAGCAGCGGGAAAAGGAGCGCAAAGAAAAAGAAGAAAGAGAGAGAUUGCUGCAGCAGCAAGAAGAAGAGAGACGCAGGAAGCUAAAAGAAGCAGAGGAGUUGAGGCGUAAGCAGCAAGAGGAACAAGAAAGGAAGCAGCAGCAGCUGCUGCUACAGCAACAGCAGCAGCAGCAGCAGCUACAGCAGCAGCAGGAACAGCAGAAGAAGCAACAACUACAACAGCAACAAACGCAAGAGAACAAGAAUCAAGAAAACCAGCAGCAACAGCAAGACAAGCUGCAGCCGCAGCAACAGCAACAGCAGCAACAGCAACAGCAGCAGCAACAAGAGCAGCAGCAGCAGCAACAGCAGCAGAAGCAGCAGCAGCCACUUCUCUUUGGACUCUCCUCACAGUCGAAAGGUUUUACGCCUUCUGCUGCAGCAGCCUCGGCUGCUGCUCCGUCUGCAGCAGCAACAGCAGCAGCCCCAGCGGGGGCAGCAGCAUCUGCUGCAGCAAAGCCGCUCUUUUCUCUACCUGGAGCUGCUGCUGCUACUCCUGCUGCUGCUACUCCCGCUGCUGCUAACCCUGCUGCUGCUAGCCCUGCUGCUACUCCUGCUGCUGCUAACCCUGCUGCUGCUGCUGCACCAACAGCAGCAAACCCAGCAAGAGGGAACAGACCGAUGUUGCGUAUUGUGCGCGACAAGAACACGCAGAAGCAGCAGCAGCAGCAGCAACAGCAGCAGCAGCAGCAACAGCAGCAGCAGCAGCAGCCACUGUUCCAGCCGUUUGCACAGCAGA